AUGGAUUUAAGUCAGUACAUAUCUUUUAUGAGCCCCUUACAAGAACGGCUUAAAAAUGCAAUAAGCAUAAGCAAGGAAAAACUAUUGCCACAAAUUGAUCCGAAUUCUGUUUCUCCGUAUAUAUAUGUCAUCUUAUUUACCCUGGCAGCUGUUCUCCUUUUCAUAAAUCGUCUCCCACAGAAAAGAAAUGAAGAAAUACAAGAGACCCCGGAAGAUAAAGAAACCUACAAAGAAAUCGCCCUUGAACAAGGACUAAUUGAGAAGUCAGAAGAAUUGAAAAAAUACGCAUGGAGUAACUGGUUUACGAAACUGCAAACAGACUGGAAUUAUUUCAAUGCGUCUCUGGAGAAUCAAAAGAAGACAUGGUUUGGUGAAAAAGAUAAAGAAUGGAAUGAAUUUCUAGAUACUAUGCAAAAUAAAUGGACACAUUAUAACGCAAAUAUAGAAACAGAAUUUGAAUCGAAUAUUUUAAAGAAUUCAAAGAAUUGGAAUGAAAAGCAAUGGGAAAACUGGAUUAAAAGCGACGGUAAAGAAAUGAUGGAAAUGAGUUUCCAUAAAUGGAUGGGUGAAAAUUAUUCUCAUUAUAAUGCGUGGAUUAUAAAAAAAUGGGAAGAAUGGAAGAACGAUAAAAUUCGCACCUGGUUGUUAAAAGAUUGGAGACGUAAAGAAUUUGACUAUUGGCACAAAUAUAAAAGUUUGACCUUACCCGAACCAUUAUUUGAAAGGGCAGAAAAUAACUGGAAUAAAUGGAAUAGAAGGUUAUACAGAGAAAAAGAACAGUGGAAAGAAUGGGUUGCCCAAAAAUAUGAAUUUUAUCAAAGCACUGAGUGCCAGCAAUGGAAGAAAUGGAAUGAUAGUAAAGAAGAUUUGUUUAACAGUUGGAUGGAAUCAUUUAUCAGCAAGUGGAUAGAAGAAAAAAAAAAAAUAUACAGAAAUAUGGAGCAGCUUCAGGAUGUACAAGAAUAUAGUGCAAAUAAUGUCGCUUCGUCGUUAGGGGCAGAUAAAAAUGACAACCUAUUUUUACUUGCAAAAGAAAAUAUUUUUCUUGCUUGCAUAUAUAUCAUCCUUUUUUUUCUGUCCACUAGGAUUCUAGUAAGGGCUUAUUAUCCAUCAAUGCUUCAACAUGCAGAAGAAAUUUGGAUGCUUACGAAGUAUGACUUAAAUAAUGGAAAAGAAUCGAUGGAAGAAUUUAAGAAUAUGGUUAGAGGACACCUGAAAACGUGUAAGUUCUACAUAUUGAAUGUGCUUGAUACCAUUCUAGGAGUAAUAAUUAGAAAAUUGAAAAGUACCCACGAAGGUGUCCAAAAUGUUCAACGAUAUGCGACACAGGAUAUUUCAAUAAAUUCAUGUUAUGGUCAUAAACAUGGUGACGACCCUGAUGAUGAGAAUGAUGAUGAUUAUGAUGAGGAGGACGACGUUGAUGGCAAAAAUGAUGCAGAUGAAUUUCACGAUUGCAAGGAUGACAGUGAAGAGCAGGAUAAAAACCAAAAUGAUUCUAUGGAAAAAGGAUUAAGUGAUAGUUCCAUGACAAAUGUUAACAGUGAUAUGGAAAGUGAAGGAUCAAACGACAGUCUUCCUAAGGUUGGCUUGGAAAACACACCGGAAGAUGAGCCAAAAGAUAGUUCUACAAAGGAAAAUGAUGAAGAUAUGAUCAUAGAAAAAACUGAGGAGAAAUCUAUGAAAAAUACCCAAGAUGCCAAUAAAGAAGGAACCGCCGAUAACGACGUAAAAGAAAAUAUAAUAGAAAAAAAAAAUGAAAAAGAUGGAAACACAAACGAAGAAGUAAAACGAGACGAACAUGUGACAAUAGAACGUGACACAAAAGGACAAUCGAAGUCAGGAACAGGUGAAGAAUUAAAACUUAAAAAGGGUGGACCAUCGAAACAUGAAACGGGUGGACUAACAAAAUGGGAAAAGAUUGGACCAUCGAAACAAGCAACCGGCACAGUAGUGAAAAGUGCUACCAGGUCAGUGGUGAAAAGUGAUGCCAGUGCAGUAUCGAAAAGUGAUGCCAGUGCAGUAUCGAAAAGUGAUGCCAGUGAAGUAUCGAAAAGUGAUGCCAGUGCGGUAGUGAAAAGUGAUGCCAACGUAGUAGCGAAAAGUGAUGCCAGUGCAGUAGUGAAAAGUGAUGCCAGUGCAGUAUCGAAAAGUGAUGCCAACGUAGUAGCGAAAAGUGCUACCAGCUCAGUAGUUAAAAGUGCUACCAGCGCAGUAGCGAAAAGUGAUGCCAGCGGAGUAGCAAAGCGCGAUACGACGGGGGUUCCUAAGCGUGAAACAUCGGGGCAAGAGAACCUCAAAAAAAACGAACAAACGAAGGGCAAGACAAAUGAAGAAUUAAUAAAUACGACACAGGAAACGAGUGCCGGAAUAAAUCCAGAUAAAGGGAAAAAAAUCCUAAACCUAAAAAAUGUAAUUCCAAAAGAUAAAGAAAGCGGUGAUAAAGGUGUAAAUUUUGAUAAAUCAGAUAAAAACGAACUAACAGAAGAAUGGAAAGUUAAUGAAUGGAAUAAAUGGAUGCGUCAGUUAGAAGAACAGUGGCAUUUUUUCUUUAUUGGUCUGGAAACCAAAACAGACGACUGGAUGAAAGAAAAAGAAAAAGACCUUCAAACAUGGAUAACAGAAAUGGAAACUAAGUGGAUGAAUUACAACCACAAUUUUGAUAUAGAAUAUAAUACUAAUCUUUACAAAAAAUAUCUAAUGUGGGAUCCAAAUGACUGGAAAACAUGGAUAAGAACAGUUGGAAAAAGACUAAUGGAAAAUGAUUGGAUUAAGUGGGUAGAAGAUCAUGAAAGUAAAUUGAAUGAAUGGGUUAACUAUGACUGGUUCCAAUGGAAAUCCUUAAAGAAUUCUAAUUGGGUAAUGAAUGAAUGGAAAAUUGAUGAACAUGAAUAUUGGGAAGAAUGGCAAAAUAGCAAUUUGACCCUGUGGCUACAAAAAAAAAAAAGAAAAAAAUAUUUAACAUGGAAAAACAGGAUCGAAAGAGAAAAGUCAGAAUGGGACAGUUGGGUUCAAUCAAAAGAAAAGUUAAUUUCAAAAAGUAAAACCGGUAAAUGGAUAAAAUGGAAAAAUGAAAAACGAUUAUUAUUUAACGAUUGGAUGGAAAACUUUAUAAACACAUGGAUCAACAGGAAGCAGUGGAAUUCAUGGAUUAUAGAGAGACGAGAUGUACUUUCCCGAAGGGCAUCGUCUUCAUAUUGA